GUGAUCCUGCAGACAUGCAGCCUCCUCCCAGAAAGGUGAAGGAGAGCCAGCAGGUGAAGCAGGUGUUUUCAGAGCAGAUCAGUAAACUGCAGAACAAACAGCAUCAAGACUCUGAGCUGCUGGAGGAGAUCAGGUCCUUCAGUAAGCAGCGAGCAGCCAUAGAGAAGGAGUAUGCUCAGGCUCUCCAGAGGUUAGCCACGCAGUACCAGAAGAGGGACUGGCAGCGGGGGAGCUCCGACGCCGUGUCCGCUGGGUGCUGGUGUGUGAGCGUGUUCGCCGUGUGGAGGUCUCUGGUGGACGCCACAGCCCAGACGGCUGCGUCCCGGCUCGCCGCCGCCGAGGAGUACCGCCGGCUGAUCGGACAGGCUUCCAUAAGCCUCCGCAACGCAAAAGACGUCCGGGCCAAGAGAGGUCUGGAGCAGCUGCAGAGGCUGCAGGCGGAGCUGCUGGACUCUCUCCGGGAGCUGCAGCGGGUGAAGAAGAGUUACCUCCAGCUGAACCACAUCGCCGCCGUGGCCAGAGAGAAAGCCGCUGAUGCCCAGAGCAGAGCCAGAAAGAGCGAACAUGGAAUUUUCCACUUCAAAACUGGACUGCAUAAGAUGACUGCGAAGCUCAGCGCCCGGCUGAAGGAGUGUGACGACCGUCUGACUGAAGUUCGCAACGAAUAUCUGCUGACGUUGGCGGCCGUCAACGCACAUCAGCAACACUAUUACGACAACGACUUACCGCAAGUCAUGGAGCUGAUGGACGGCAACGUUUACGAUGACCUGAGGCGCCACUUCACCCUGCUGUGUGGCACCGAGAUGGAAACCUGCCUGAGCACACACACACAGUACGGCCGCAUCUGGGAGUGUGUGAACAAGGUGACCAGAGAGAGAAACGUCCAGCAGUUCCUGCAAGAAUCCGUCUCCUUCAGCAGAACUCCUGACUUCAGCUUCCAGCCUGCUCCUCAUGACAAGGUCUGUGCUCUGCAGGAUGUUCCCGCUGCAGAAGGGGAGGGCUGUCUCAUGAGAGAGGCCAAGAAGUGGGCUGCCAAGGCUGCCAAGGACUACAAGAUAGUGACGCAUGGAGAGAGGGCUCUGCAGAUGUUGGAGAGUCGUCUGAAGCUGCUGUCGGGAGAGACGGGCCUCAGCGUGGAGCAGAAGAUCGCCGAGGUUCAGGACAACGUCAGGAAAACGAAGCUCAGCAGGGUGAAGGCCGAGGCCCGCCUGGCCGUGCUGUCGCUCAGCGUCCCCGGGAUCCAGCGCUGGCUGCAGGACGCCAUGCAGCAGGCGGAGGAGGAGCUGGAGCGCGAGCGGAGGCUGAGCGAGCAGAGGAGGUCGACGGAGGACUUCUCCGAGGACGAGCUGGAGCUGACGGACUUCGAGGACUACGACGACGAGAACGGAGACAUCUUCUCCGACCCGGUGUCCGUCACCGGAGUGUGUGUUUAUCCUGCAGCCUGCAGAGUCAUCUACAGCUACCAGGCCAGCCAAUCAGACGAGCUGUCCGUCAUGGAGGGGGAGGAGCUUCAGGUGAUCGAGGAUGGAGACGUGGAGGACUGGCUCAAGGUGUGUAACUCCUGCGGCCAGGUGGGCUACGUUCCCGAGCGCUACGUGCAGCUGCUGUGUCUGCCUGCAGAGGACGCCGCCCAGCUGGACGCCUCCUUCGGCCCGUCCGCAGGAACCAGGGAGAGGAGGGUCAGCAGAGUAGUCAGGGCUCUGUACUCCUACCAGGCUCAGAGUGCAGAGGAGCUGUCUUUCCAGGAGGGGGCGCUGAUUCACCUGAUCCGCUGUCGACAUGGAGAGGUGGACGAUGGCUUCUGGGAGGGCGAGCUGAACGGACGUGUCGGCGUCUUCCCGUCUCUGGUGGUGGAGCCGGUCCAUGAAGGCGGAGGAGAGGAGGAGGAAGAGGAGGAGGAAGAGGAGGAGCUGCUCCAGACUCCCACCAUGUCCCCCCUGUCCCCGUUGUCCCCCCUCCUCCCCGGGCCCUCGACGCCCCCUGCUGGUGUGGAGGAGCCGGACGCGUCUCCAUCAGGUGGGCUCUCGGCCUCUCUCCUCUCUCUCUAA